AUUAAAUAAUAGAAUCUGAUUAAACUCUUCUCGCUUUUCUCCCUCCCGCUUUCGAGCCAAGUUUGUCCCCUUCUCGAACCUAGCUUGUCCCCCUUCUCGCAUCAUUUCAUGAUUCUCCCUCACUCAUUGCAAUUGCAACUAUGAUUCUCCCUCCCUCACUGCAACCAUGAUUUUCCCUCUCUGAAACCCUGUUGUCGCACACAUUCUCGCUAUUGUCGCAGUCUCCUUCACGGAAACCCUCGGUUUGUUUCUUCGAAUUGGAAGAUAUAGGCAACCCUAGGUUUGUUUCUCCGAAUUGAAAGAUAUAAGCUUAAGCUGCCAUUGUCUUCUACAUCUGAAUAUGGCAACAGGUGGUUGUGACCCUCCUAUUCCACCUUCAGGAAACUCAGAUAAGGAGAAGGGGAAGAAGAAAGCUUAUCCGGUGAAGUUGAUGUCCCGUUUCAAUAACGUAAGUAGUUCAAGUAGUCAACCAUCUACACCUACCUCCACCUCCACUGCUAGAUCUGUUCCACCACCAUUGGCAAUUCCUGGUUUGACACCUAUUGCACCAUUUAUUCCACCUUCAUUGGAAGUUCCUGCCUUCACACCUAGUCCACAACGUGGUGCUGAUCAAUGGAGAUCACCCUCCCCCCAUGUUGGUUCUAACCCAACAACUCCUACAAAUAUUGCACCAACACCUACUACAGGGGAUGGAGUUCCACAUUCAAGUUCAGCGGGAAAUGUUGAAGAUGUUUCCAACCAUCAUUCAAUCAUUACACCUAUUGAAGGAGGGUUUUAUCCAACAAAAACAGCAUCCAAAGCAAUCACAGCCACCAUCAAAGGACAAUUUGAUGAGCCGUGGUUGACAUGAGGACAAAUCCGUCAGACUCGCAAAGAUGUUUUCUUUGAGCGUUUUAAGGUAGACUUGUGGUUAACAU